CAGGCUGGGAGGUCGACUGCGGCGGGAGUGAUGCUGCGGCGGAAGCCGACGCGGCUGGAGCUGAAGUUGGACGACAUCGAGGAGUUCGAAGGCGUCCGGAAGGACCUGGAGAGCCGCAAGAAGCAGCGGGAGGAGGCGGAGGUGGCGACCGGCGAGGAGGCGGCGGGCAUCGCGCUAGGCAGCGAGCACAAGAGCCGGGAGCAGAUUAUCAACGACCGCAUCGGCUACAAGCCCCAGCCCAAGGCCGGCGUCCGCGCCGCGCAUUUCGGCACCUUCGAGUUCUGACGGGGCCGCGGCGCUGUGCCGCCCCGGGCGGUCCGCCCUCCCCCGUCCUCCUUACCACCCAUGAGAGCCCUGCAGCGGCUGUGCUGUUUUAAAUAAAUGCGUUCUUUUUUAGAAGCCAGCACAGGAAGUUUUUUCCCAGAUGCUGCUCCGCCUGGUAAGGCUGUGGAAGGAGCCGCCCGCGUCUCGUCCGAGCUGUAUAUCCGAGGAGCGCAGUGCAGCCGCUUCCCAGCUGUCACAGCGCUGAGAAGGGACAGGAGAGCAGCAGCGCCCCACAGCUGCUGGCUGAGCUGACAGCACAAUCCUGCUGUUGUGGUGCACCACAUUUCUGGUCAGGGUGGGGAAAUGCGAAACUUCAAACUCUUCAAAGUGUUCCUUAAACUGGAACGUCGCGAUCGGGACUAAAGCAGAGCUUAACGCUGCACUGAAUGAUCAGGGACUGCUCUGCUGUUCAGCAUUUCUAGCAUGCCUCGAGUCUGACAGGGAAACAUUUUAGGAGGAACAAAGGCCCUGGGUCUCCUUCGGUUGCAUGGGGGAAGAAAAAUCAGCCCAGUGCUUCAUGUCUCACAUAUAGGUGAGAACGAUCCAUAAUAACACCGUGUUACACUGUUCCGCAAUUCCUUGGUGUACAGACACUAGCACUCAGCAGGUAGGCUCAUGUGCACAGCUCUCUCAAGCUCACACCCUUUCACCACUCCCUCAGAUCCACGCAGCAGAUAUGGGGAGCACUAAUUCCCCUUUCCAGCUCUACUUUCCUCACGCUAUGCCAAGUUUACCUGCACUGUCUCAGCUACCUCACAUGCUCCCAUACUAGCAGCUUCAGAGCUUCCUGCUGAUGACCAGAUGCUCAGGGGGUGCUGUUCCUAUGAUCUGCAGCCACAGGAUGAUGGAUGCUCAGCCACUGCUGCUCACUUGCACAGUUAGUACAGGCACAGGGGAGUCAUGCCAGAGAAAAGCAGCAGGAGCAGCCCACAUCAGUUCUGUGGCUGCUGGGUCUUUUGUCAGCAAAGCAGACGCUUGUGGAUCACUGAAUGAUGCUGGCCCUCACUGUAGCUGCAGUCUCUGCAUUAAUGAUUGAUUCUAAAACACACAUCGAUAAAAUGCAAUCUAUUUUAUUAGUUAAUUAUAUACAGGAGAUCUUCGAUAUGUUACUAGACAAGUUACCUUCACAAAGAGCAAGAGUAAAAUCAAAAGUGACAGACCACUGUAAACAAAACUAUCAUCCUUUUGGAUCUGUUGGGACUGGCUCCAGACCAACUGAGAAGGCACUGGGAGAAAAACAACAGAAGCCCACAGAUGAACACAGCCUGGAUACCCUGUGCAUUUCUUCCAAGCUGGUAAUCCAGAGGCACAGCGUGUCAGGACAAAACGUCAGGGUGCGCGCAGAGACAAACACGGGAAUCACAUUCUAAGCAUGCUACAUAUAUUGGCAUACAAAUAGAAUUUACUUAGAGUCCUCAUCUCCCUCCAAGCACCACUCAACACAAGUUUAGUGUUAACAACAGGACAGCUUUAAAUACAGCCAGCAUAAAGGCCAGGACUGCAUCAAACGCAGUCAGUGCAAGUCAUCAUCAGGGUGGCCAGGUUUUGCUCUGUUUGGGGAAGCAAACAGCAGCCUGGGCCAACAGUGCAGCUGAUGGCAUCUGGUGGGCCUGAGGGAGGCUGGGGUGCAGGGAGGUACAUGGCUUUUCUGGAUUGUCAACAGUUACUCAUCAAGAGAGAGAUGAUUUCAAGGGAGGAUGCACGUACAAUGAUGCAGAAAAGCUAGCAGAAUUGAACUUCUAUUGUAAAAGCCACAGCUAUUGCAUAGUCCCCAAUUUAUCCUUCUCUGAUUGGAAUAAUCAGAGAAUUCAAGUCUGGACACUUGAAUGCAAAAGGAAAGGUGGCUAAAAAGCUUCACUGAUAGCAAGAUCAAGUCAAGCAGAAGUUUUAUUUUAGAGAAUGAUAUAGGAAGAGGUACAUGACACACUACAGUCACACAUCCCUGCAACAGCAACAGCUUGUUCAAGGAAAACCACAGACUGGUGCUGAGAACAUCAGCUCUGAACUCAAACCAGAGAUGAGGUCUCUACAGGACAGGUCUCUCCCUCUUUCAGAACACAGCCAACUCCAACACUGCUGUGUUUCACUCACAGGCACUAAGAUGUCCUCGCAGCUCACACACUGAGAUUGAAGAGUCUGUAUUCCACUCUCACAGAGAAAUAGGAUUGCUUAGAGACUCAGGUUUUUCCUUUGUGACAGAUGCAGAAAAAAGAGCAUCCUAUGGUCUACCUAUGUCCUUCUGUGGCCUGCUCUAAACGUAACUCCCUCCAGAGAUCUGGAAGAGCUUUUCCUAUUUGUCAGGAGGUGUCCAGAACUUUUCUGUGAAAGCUUCUUUCACUCGGAUGCAAAUUUGCUACAGAAAGAAACUAUAAAGCUGAGCUUGCUUUUAAUUCUUCUCCUUUGUUCAGUAUUUGCACUGCCCAAAGAAAACAAGGCAGAUAAUUAAAUGCCUGGGGCCACCCACAGGAAGGCUAACUUGAGGCGGUGCAAUUCAAGAGCUGAGCAGGAUGCCCAGCAGCAGCAGCCACAGAUUUCCUGCUGCCUUGCAAAGAAAUUAGGCUCCAUUGGUGGCAGCAGGAGCAGCACAGACAGAAGGCUGGGCCUGGCUGCAUAAGGCACACAGGCUAAAGGAGCCUAAACCCCUCUUCACAAAGGUCAGCUUUCCUUACUCUGCUGCUGGUAACAGUGUGACUAGUAGCACCUUCAGAGAAAAGAACUGCUACUGCAUGUGCCCAGACACUUAAAAGGAUUUCCUGUUCUCACAUGGCACAUCCUAGUUAUCAGUCCAAGUGGUGCCUGUUUUACCUUAGCCAUCUAAAAAAUACCAGUAUCCCCCUUUUCUGCCAUUUACAGGCAGAAAUUGGGCAUCCUGGGCAGAAGAGUCUUCUGCUUUGCACUGUACUCUAACUUUCUGCAACACGAGCAGUUUAACAACUAAGUGCUAAAACAAAACUGCUCCCAAAGCAAUUUCUGGGCCUCACCCAUCCAGAAAGUUACCCUGGUUUGCCUGUGAAAUGUGUAAAGCUCAUAGCCUGAACGGAAAGUUCUUGACUGUGCUACUACAGGUGCCCACCAUUGGUACUGUCACCUCUUGCACCUCCAAGCUAACAAAGUCACAGCAUGAUUACUAAGGAGUCAUUUACUUUUGACAUUAAUUUUUUUUUAAAUCAGCCCAAGCAACUCCAAAUUAACUGAAUUAACAAAGGACUGCUGUAGCCCCAAUGUUUCUUUCUUCUCUUCCUCAAAUUUCUCUCUUACAGGAACACAGUUAUUUUAUUUCACUCAUUUUACUCAAGAAACACCCUGUUAUGACAUUUUAGCUUUUAGUGUAAUUAAAUUAAUAUUUAUCUCUUGCUUCAUUUACAGAAUUAGUAUUAGUAAGCUAGAAGUCUAGCUCUAGACACAUUCAGGUGCAACCGAACCUGAAGUUAAUACAGGUUCAUUGGUCUAUUUAAAAUCUUCUUGCCCUGUAAAUAUGCAAUUUUUGUCCUGCACCUACCCCAUACAAUGCAACAAUUCGGAUGUGAAAGCAGCCAAACUGAAAUGUUAGCACUUGAAGCCGAGUAAAACCACUGAGUAAAAUGCAUCUGAAAUCUAGCAACAUUCAUACUGUGGUGGGCUUGGAGGACAGACUCAUCUCGACCCUCCAGAGCACAAGGCUCACAUACUUCUGUCCAAGUUCUCACUCACUGGAACAGACCUGAGUGUGUCUGAUGAGCAGCACGUCUUCCUCUGCAAACCUCUGUGUUAGAAGGUGUCAUUGGCCCCAAAAGCCACAAUGGCAGGGAAAUCUCCACUGGCACCGUGUACAUAUUAAAAAAACAAAAUAGCCAUUUGCACACAUUGGCUCCAUUGGUGAUGCUCAUUUUUAACUACUGUUCAUAAAAUCCUCACAGACAAGCAUUUACAAUUUAGGAAUAAAAUGUUUCUUUAAAAAAAAAAAAAAGAAAAAAAAAAAAGAAUAAA